AUGACGACGAAGGCCCUUACUUCUGCAGCAGCAGCUGCACUCGAUGCGGAGCUCAUGGGCACAGUAGCAGGCUACACCCUCGAGCAACUUAUGGAACUAGCAGGCCUGUCCGUUGCACAAGCCAUCUACGAACACUGGGGACUUCCUCCACAGAAAAAACAGGUAUUCGUGAUCGCCGGGCCGGGAAAUAACGGCGGAGAUGGCCUGGUUUGCGCAAGACACUUGAAGCUCUUCGGCUACGAGCCAAUAGUCUUCUUUCCAAAACGCUCCUCCAAAACCCCCUUUUACACUAACCUCGUCAAACAACUGGAGUUCUUCAACAUACCUGUGCUCUCCAACGACAACCAAUGGACCCGCUACCUCGACCACAGCUCCACCCUCUGCGUCGUCGACGCGAUAUUCGGCUUCUCCUUUAGGCCCCCCAUCAGAGAGCCCUUCGGAACGAUUCUCUCCGAGCUGAAAACAAGGCAAGAAACUCUACCAAUUGUCGCUGUCGACGUUCCCAGCGGCUGGGACGUCGACAGUGGGCCUCUGCAACAUGACGCAAUCAUCCCCCGUGUCCUCGUCUCGCUAACUGCCCCAAAGCUGUGCUCCGCCAAGUGCGAUCCUGCCGCCACUACCCACUACGUCGGGGGCAGAUUCAUCCCCCAACAUCUGGCAGCAAAAUACGGUCUCCCCGCACUGCAAUACACCGGUUGCAAGCAGAUCCUAAGGCUGUAA